AAGCCUACAGAGGAGAAGUGAUUCAGUGGUCGCAGCGAAGGGAACAGUCCCAGUACACUACGGCUUGGAGUUGACACAACAAUCUACUGACUUCUAAAAACGACUGUGUUCUAAUAAAUAAAAAGUUAGCAAAAUAAUAUGACAAUUAUCUGACGUGCUAUUUAGUAGAACUUGUCAAUGUUUAGUUGAGGCAGAUUAUUUUCUAAAAAUGAAAAAAAACGUAAAGAGUCUGCGAAAUCUCGCCAUGGAGUUGAUGGUUGUUACCCUGUGUAUCACGGUCCAGGAGUCGGAAUCAGCGGCGUGUCAUGGAUGUGCAGCGGGAUCAAGGUGUGACUGCAGCGGAGUGAAAGGAGUCAAGGGUGAAAGGGGGUUACCAGGACUACAGGGUCAGCUGGGUGUACCGGGGUUCCCCGGACCUGAGGGGCCCAUCGGUGGCAGGGGAGAGAAGGGUAGUGACGGACCUUCAGGGACUGGAGGUCCAAAAGGGAUAAGAGGACCUCCCGGACUGCCUGGAUUCCCCGGAACACCAGGAAUUCCAGGUCUCCCGGGACAGGAUGGCCCCCCAGGCCCCAAAGGAACUGCAGGCUGCAACGGGACUAAGGGUGAGCGAGGAUUCCCUGGAAGUCCAGGCUUCCCCGGACUGGAGGGUCGAUUGGGUCCACCUGGUUUUCCAGGACAAAAGGGAGACCCAGGUGACAUCAUCACAAAUGAACGUUUCGGACAGAUAGGAGGUGUAGGUCUGCCUGGCCGGCCUGGAGUUCCUGGUGACCAAGGCCCCUCAGGAUUGUCCGGUCCUACCGGCCCUCCCGGCCCCAGAGGUUAUGAGGGUCGUCCCGGGCCUCCUGGUCUUCCUGGUCCAAAGGGAAACAUGGGGUUGAACUUCCAAGGUCCCAAAGGAGACAAGGGUAAUUCAGGUCUGCAGGGACCUCCCGGACCACCAGGACAAGUUGGGGAGCAAACAAGACCCUCAGUGUCGAGCAUUCAGAAAGGAGAAACGGGUGAUCAAGGUUUACCUGGUCCACCUGGUGAUCCUGGUUAUCCUGGACCCCCUGGUUCAUCUGGUGGUUUGAAGGGAGAGAAAGGAGAAAACGGAGAAGCAGGCAAAAGGGGCAAACCGGGGAAAGAUGGAGACCCAGGUCCUGCUGGAUUCCCUGGUAGUAAGGGAGACCCAGGUGGGCCAGGUCUGCCGGGUCGGGAUGGUGACAGGGGUGCCAAAGGUGACCGUGGAUAUCCUGGACGCCCAGGCGUGCAGGUGAGCAAUGGUCCAGCUACAGUUGGGCCUAAAGGAGAACCUGGGCGUCCUGGGGAGACGGGAAGGAAAGGAGACAGAGGACAGCCUGGUCUCUCGGGUCCUCCAGGUCAACCAGGAACCCCAGGUAUCGGAGGUGGAGGCCAGCCCGGUUUACCAGGCUACCCAGGAGAGAGGGGCCAGAAGGGAGACGAGGGCCAGCCAGGCAUCUCCAUCCCCGGGAACCCAGGACGAGGUGGCGCCCCUGGUCUGCAGGGACGUCCAGGACCUCCUGGGCCCCCAGGGAUCUCCAAUGGGGGUUUUAACUGUACAGGAGGGGCCCCCGGGUUACCAGGACAACAAGGCAAUAUAGGAUUCCAAGGAGAGAUCGGACAGAAAGGUGAGAAGGGAGACACCUGCGUUAACUGUUUCUCCAGAGGCAACAGUGUCCCUGGAGCACGAGGCCCACCCGGACCUCCUGGGUUCCCAGGGGCACCUGGAGGACCAGGGGCUAAAGGUGACAGAGGAUUCCCAGGCGGCCCAGGGCCCUCAGGUUCUUCUGGUUUGCCCGGUCCCCAGGGUGCCCCUGGUUUCCCAGGAGAGAAGGGUGACCCAGGUGAGACUACCGCUGUGAAUGGGGUGAGCGGAGAUAAGGGAGACACAGGGUUUCCAGGACCCGCUGGCCUGCCUGGUCUGGACGGAAGACCUGGUCGCGAUGGAGGUCCUGGAGCUCCUGGAGCCAAAGGAUCAUCUGGAUCUCUAUUAGUGAAGGGUGAGCGAGGACCUCCAGGUGAGCCCGGUUUGCAGGGUCUCCCAGGUGACAGGGGUGCCACCGGAUCCCCAGGCUUCGGCCCCCAGGGGCCCCCCGGAGAGAAGGGUGUCCAAGGUGUCUCAGGGAGAACGGGAACACCUGGAGCACCAGGAGGUAAAGGGGAGCCGGGUCAGACGGUAGCAGAGAAGGGCCUCCCAGGACCCAGAGGACAGGAUGGAGACCCCGGUCUACCUGGAAACCCAGGUAACCCCGGCGGGCCAGGACAGCCCGGUUUCCCCGGGUCACCAGGUCCCAAGGGUGAUCCCGGCCUCUCUGGCAUCGGACUGCCAGGACCCCCCGGAGCUAAAGGAUUCCCUGGCUCACCUGGUUUGCCAGGUGGUCCCGGAGGUCCAGGUAGACCAGGUGUGGACGGGUUCCCCGGACAGCCAGGUGCACCUGGAGUUAAGGGAGAGCCAGGCUUUGGGCUGUCAGGUCCCCAGGGCUCACCAGGCUUCCCCGGAGAUAAAGGAUUACCUGGACCCAAAGGAGACUCUGGUUUCCCUGGCAACCCCGGCUUGCCAGGACGAUCCGGCUUUGACGGCGGCCCUGGUGCCAAAGGUGACUCUGGUAUCCCUGGUAGAACCGGAGAUCGUGGCCCUCAAGGAUCACCCUCCAUCGGCUCUCAGGGUGUCCCCGGCCCUGUCGGACCCCCAGGACCUAUUGGUGCUCCAGGAUACUCAGGCAACAAUGGAGAGAAGGGAGACCCCGGUCUUCCUGGCCCGGGCAUUACAGGGUUGCCAGGAGACAGAGGAAGUCCCGGUUUCCCCGGCAGCCCCGGGGGAGUUGGUCCUCAGGGUAACCCCGGUGGCCCUGGCCGCGAUGGAAUACCUGGCCUGCCUGGUGGUAAAGGAGACAUGGGUGUAAUGGGAACUCCUGGAUCUCUGGGAUCCCCUGGCAACCCCGGAGGGCCCGGCUUCCCUGGACCUAAAGGUGACGAUGGUUUCCCAGGGCGACCAGGUGGGACCGGCAGUCCAGGUCUCAAGGGAGACAGGGGAGACCCCGGUCUCGUAGGACUCCCCGGGCCCAGCAACUCUCCCACUUCAGUCAAGGGAGCCAAAGGAGAUGCAGGAGAACCAGGUUUGCGAGGUCAGCCGGGUCAGAAGGGUAUUUCCGGUCUCCCUGGAGACGCUGGUAUACCAGGACAGGAUGGAAGACCUGGGUUACCUGGACCUCAAGGUCCCAAAGGAGACAUGGGUAUCCCUGGAGGAUCAGGCUCACCAGGAAGCCAAGGACUUAAAGGCAACAUGGGAGAGAUGGGCUUCCCAGGACCCACAGGAGCGAAAGGAACUCCAGGUCAGCUAGGUCGGUCGGGCGUACCCGGUAGUUCAGGAGCACCAGGGUUCCCCGGAGCUAAAGGAGACCCAGGUUCCCCCGGAUUUGGUGCCACAGGAGCUACAGGUCCCAAGGGUGAGCCCGGUCGGUCGGGAUUCCCCGGACAAAAUGGAGUGAAAGGAACUCCCGGAACACCAGGGCUUCCAGGGUUUCCCGGCGGCCCCGGAGCCAAAGGCGACCCCGGCCUCCCAGGAUUCCAAGGUUCUCCCGGUAUUCCCGGGCCUAAGGGUCUAGACGGUACCCCUGGUAACCCCGGUCUCGCCGGAGGCCCCGGGCGACCGGGAGAGAAUGGCCGUGCCGGAUCACCUGGGUUCCCAGGCGACAAGGGUCAGGCAGGUCGUGACGGAAUCCCUGGACCAGCGGGGGUCAAAGGAGACCAAGGUCUUUCUGGUUUCGGCGGCCCAGGUUCUCCUGGUCUCCCAGGGUCACCAGGUGCUAAGGGAGAUUUUGGCGCCCCUGGUCUCCCAGGUAACCCUGGGUUCCCUGGUCAGAAGGGAGAGAUGGGCUUCCCCGGCCAACCUGGGUCCCCCGGGAGCAUCGGGCCCCCUGGUGCCCCAGGUGUGGCCCUCCAGGGGCCCAAGGGUAACAGUGGAUCCCCCGGCCCCCCUGGAAGAGGAGGUCCUCCUGGCCCCGAGGGUCCUCGUGGCCUUGGGGGCAGCGGAGGGACCAAAGGUGAGAAGGGAGUCCCUGGAUCUUCCGGAUCCCCUGGUUUCCCGGGAGCGAAGGGAGAAUUGGGAUCGCCCGGAUUCCCAGGUAUUCCUGGCCCUCCUGGUGGCAGCGGGCUGAAGGGAGACAUUGGACUUCCCGGCGUUCCCGGAUUCCCAGGACUAAAGGGAGAAUCUGGAAGCCCUGGAUCAUCCGGUCUGCCUGGAGAUCCUGGAGAUCCUGGUCCUGCUGGAAUCCAAGGCGACCCAGGUGUCGCUGCGACCCCCAUCAUGCUGAAGGGAGAACGUGGCCCCCCUGGCCCUUCAGGUCUGCCAGGCAACCGUGGCUCCCAAGGACCCCCCGGACAGGAGGGACGCUCAGGUCAGCCCGGUCAACCAGGGGACCCCGGUCCUGAAGGACCCCCAGGAUUCAGUGGAGCCUUCGGCCGCAAGGGAGACUCUGGACCCGCCGGACAGCCAGGUCAGCGUGGGUACCCAGGUCCCACUGGUUCAGAUGGUCAACAGGGCCCCCCAGGUAACCCCGGCUCAGCCUCUGUGACCCAUGGCUUCCUGAUCUCGAGACACAGCCAGGCUGAAUAUGUCCCUAACUGCCCCGAAGGGACCAGCCUCAUCUACGACGGGUUCUCUCUGCUCUACGUACAGGGCAACGAGAGGGCACACGGACAGGACCUAGGUACUGCUGGUAGUUGCCUGCGUCGGUUCAGCACCAUGCCAUUCAUGUUCUGUAACAUCAACAACGUGUGUAACUUCGCCUCCCGUAACGACUACUCCUAUUGGCUGUCUACACCCAUGCCCAUGCCCAUGAGUAUGGCCCCCAUCACCGGAGAAGGCAUCAAACCUUUCAUCAGCAGGUGUGCAGUGUGCGAGGCCCCUGCCAUGGUGAUCGCUGUACACAGUCAAACCAUUCAGAUCCCCACCUGCCCCAGCUACUGGGAACCACUAUGGAUCGGAUUCUCCUUCAUGAUGCACACCAGUGCAGGUGCUGAGGGCUCUGGUCAGGCUCUGGCCUCUCCUGGCUCCUGUCUCGAGGAGUUCCGGAGCUCUCCCUUCAUCGAGUGUCACGGCCGAGGGACCUGCAACUACUAUGGCAACACAUACAGCUUCUGGCUGGCCACUGUCGACCAAUCAGAAAUGUUCAGGAAGCCACAGUCAGAGACGCUGAAGGCAGGUAACCUAUCGACGCGCAUUAGCCGCUGUGUGGUCUGUAUGAAGAGGACGUAACAGCGCGGUGGCAACCGUUGCCGGGGACGACCGACAACGACAAUGGCGGCAGGCGGGCGGAGUGGGGGUGAUGUUGACGUCUCCGUGAGAACAAGGUGGAACUCCAAUGGUGCAUUGUCUUCCGGAAACAGCAACUUCAUUGGUGCUACUGUGCAACACAG